AUGGAAGAAUCAGCUCCUGAAAACAACGCCAGUGGCAUUGAGGAUGAAACUCAGAACCCAGCACCGUCGAGAAAUCUUGUAAAAUCGGCCCUCUUUGCUCUAGCGUUCUGGGCCGCAAUCUUUAUGAUGUUUGUGGGGUAUUUUGCGGCGUCUAAUCUACAAACGAGAAGUUACUAUCAAAAUCAAAAUAUGGACGGAAAGAAAACCAAGCGUCGAGCCAAAAAGGCAUACAAGGUUUCCCCUCAAAGUUCCAAGCUUCUCAAGCAUCACGAGGCGUUGGAAGAUCUAUUAGAAGCAAUGGAAGAUUUGGAAAGUUCACAGGCUGCUGAAAUGGAAGUUCUCAAAGAUAAGAUGGCCUUAGUGCAAGACUUGCAAGAAAAGAUUGGUGCCUCGGUCUUUCACUCGCAUGAAAAUGUAGGGAACGGUGUAGCACCACAGGCUACGCACAUUAAAAAGAUUCUCGGUACCCAGUCGAUCAGUAGCUUGUCGGAUGUUGAAACAGAUGUUGGAAUGGCCAUCCAAGAGCUAGAAGCCAUUAUUGAAAGCAUUGCAGCGGCCACGGACGAAUCAUCCCAUAUUGACUUGGCGGUGUUGGAUGAACUUUUGAAGCAAGAGUUUCCAGAGCGUUCUCCUAGCGUCAAUAAUGUCAAGUGUGGUACGAAAAAGACGACAGAACCAAAAGCUUACGUGCCCGAUGAUGCUGCACGCAAGUCGCAUUUGGAAGAUAUGGUAACUAUUCUCUAUGAACUGCUUGACCAACGAAGCAAGGAAGAAGGAAAGUUCUAUCCCAUGGAUGGUAAAACACUGCAAACAAGCUCCCUGCAAACUAUCCGACGAUGGCUGAACUCGAAAACGAAGAGCGUUACUUCCGAGAUUGUCAAGGUGGCAGAGGGAACUGCCGACAAGGAUUCUAAUGCCGAUGGUAGUUGUUUGGACGAAGAGAUGGUCCUUGAUUUGUUGGAAGGUGCACUCGAUGGAAUGUCGCAGAAUAUCGACUUGAGGAAUUAUUUGAGACGACGUGCCAUGGAAUUGGAUCCUUCGGCUAAGUCCAUUAUUCUGGAUGCGGAUCUUCCCGAGAUUCGACCAUUUGUUCCAGAGCCAAAGACACUUCAGUUGAGUCGCGUAUUGGACAAACCGAUAUUGUUUGAAGUGGUUGACUGGAUCGAUAAGCUGGUGGAGGCUGUAGGGGGUUACAAUGAUAGCGUUGACAAUUACCUUGAUUCGGUUGCGGGAUCAUCUCGUGCCAGCAUUGGAGAGUUGGUGAUGGAAGAAGUCUUGAAGAAAGCAGAUGGGGUAGAAAUUCCCAAUCCAAAACCCACAAUUGAGAAGGUCGUCAAGAGGAUUCUGAAAAAGCAGUAA